GGGAGGGGGAGGCCAGGGCCGCGGGCGGUGUGAGUUGCGGCCGAGCGGCAGUCUUCCCCAAGCCCCGACACGGAACGAGUGUGUUAGUGCACGACGCCAGCAGCAGUGAGCGUGUAGGGAGCGUCACCCUGAGAGCUGGACACCCGCGAGACUUGGAAAAGGCGGGCGGUGCGAGGCGGCGCUCUGUGGUGUGAUGUGAGAGGCGUCGGGGCAGGCAGCAGACGGCAGCCGCCACACGCGAGGGACCCGGCGAGUGGCAUGCGAGGAGCGGCUCUGGCGGCGGCAGGAGGGCGGCGGGGUGUAGCGGGUGUGGGCGGCGGCAUGGGGUGGGCGGGACGUGAUGGUGUCGUGGCGCGUGUGUGGCUGGUGUAGCGGGGGCAGCAGCAGGCGGCCUCAACACUACCGCUACGAGGUGGUGUACCGCCGCGACGACAGCCUCUACUCCGGCCCCGACUACCUCGAGUCUCUUCCCGGGGGCCGCGCCUCCCUCACCCCCGCCGCCGCCCAUCACCCCCCGCACCGCCCACACCACCACCACCACCACCACCGCCAUCCCCACCCCGGCCACUUCCAGCAGCGGCCUCCCCCUCCGCCCCACCACCAGUACCCCGCCCUCGACCCCUUCACCCGCCAGAACCGUGUCAACCACUUGCUCACCGCCCUGCACCACGCCCACCACCCUCCAUCCCGCCGCCCGCACUACGCCUACCGGGGGCCCUGGGUGUCCUCGGCCCACCUGGGAGCGCCGCCCCCUAGACCGCUGGGGCUGCCGCAGUGGAGGUCAGCACCGCUGCUUCCUUCGAACUACCGCGAUACGAGCGUCUCCUCGCGGGACCUGAGCCGCGACACCUCGCGGGACAUCAGCCUGGCCUCCAGCAGCGCCCACAGCACGCGCCCCCUCCUGCCCUCCUCAGGCCCCCGCCGCCCCCCGCCCCUCAUCACCGCCCCUGGCCGACCCUCACCAUACAAGCCCCCUCACCGCUCCCCCAGGACCCCCCUAUCCCCCGGUCCCCCUGGCUACCCCGGCACCGCCUUCACCUUCUCCCCCAUCCCUAGUCUCUCCGUGGGCUCCUUGACGCGGGACCUUCGGCAGUACCUGAACACGCGGUUUCAGAAGGGCAGCGUCGACCAUGAGCUGCAGAACACGAUCAGGGACAACGUGUACCUCCGCACCGUUCCCGUGACCACCCGCUCCCCGCGUCAGGGCGAGGUGAACGGCGUCGACUACACCUUCCUCUCCAGGGACGAGUUCAGAGCCCUCCAGCGAUCCGGGAACCUCUUGGAGUCCGGCGUCUUUGAGGAUUAUGAGUACGGGACACCCGUGCCCUCGCCUGUCUCCUCUGCCUUGCCCCAGCGACACACCAUCGAGAGGGUGACUCGGCGCAGACUGCCGCGCCGUUUGGCGCCAUCUCCUUCUAAUGCAUCUUCAACUAGUAUGACCUCGGAGGUGCACACGAGCUCUCCGGUAGAGUCCCGCCGCCGCCUGCCGCCUCUCUACGGUCCCUGGCUCAGGAAGGUGACCCGGGGCAGGUCGUGGCUCCCCAGCGAUGACGCUCCCCCUAGCGAGCCUCAGAGCGAGCCAGCCAUAGACUGCGACACCCCCACGGAGAGCGAGACCAACCUAGCGCGCUCCUUCUCCCUGCCCACCAAGCAGCAGCAGCAACACUCCGCAAAAAUCGCUUCAGAUAAACUCAAGACACUGCCCAGCCGCCUCCUCAAGGUCGCCCAGAAACCCGCGUCCAAGGAGCUAAACCGCACCUACAGUGCCAGCGAGAUCAAGGAAUACUUCAUUCGCCAUGGCAGCCACCGCCACGGCCCGUCGCUCCACGACCUGCAGGGCCAGGCGGAGCGCGCGUCCGCCUCCAAGGUGGGCGCCGCCGCCGCCGCCGUCUCCAGACGGCAGUCAGGUACCUUUGAGAGAACAUCUUCUCAACGCAGUAGUAAAGGCUCCCUCAGGAAGGCCAAGAGCAUGUCUUCCUUUGCUGUAGACGCCCAGUACAAGCCCCAUAGCAGUCGUGUAGCCCACACCCUGCUGAACCAGCCCCGCCCCCGCCCCCCCCGCCUCAGCCUGUCUAACGUGGCGGUGGAGGACGAGGAGUCAGACUUGGGGUCUCUCUUUGACAGUAGUAGUGACGAGGAUAGUGACACUGUAGUGGGUAGUGACUGCCAGUCCGUGUUUUCUGACGAUGGGGGGGACAGUGACACCUCAGGGGACACACUCACCGGGGUUCUCAUCCCCAGCGUGCACCGGGGGGACCCAUCAAGAACCUCCCAGACAAACCCACUGUACAGAAACUCACUCUCCUCGGUGGAGGGACUCUUGGUGGGACACAACAGGAAUUCUUUCAUACUUGACAACCUUUCCUUGUUUUCCAAUGAGGAGUCGGUAGACCCUGUAGACCCUGCUAGCCCUGAGUAUUUCAUUGUGGAUCAGAAAGCUUCUCUGUCCCCGCCCCCGCCUGACGCAUCUACCUCAGCACCAAGGGUUGGGGCGAAGAGCCCAGAGGGGAAGGCACGCCCGCCCAGGAGUCCACGCCCUUCUGUUCCUCCUCCUCCUCCUCCUCCUGUCAUGCCAAGAACUCUACACCAAAGAACUUCUGUGCCUUCAAUAGAGAGUUUGAGAGGAUCAGGCAACUUGCGCUCUAACUCUGUUGACAACCUCUUUCUGUUUUCCAAUAAAGAGUCUGUUGACCAAGGCUGCAGCGGCCCCUCGGAGGCAACAUCCAGCAACAGUGUGCUGCCCUCCACAGCAGCUACGCCUAUUCCUAUAAGUGGCGCCACAAAACUCAGUGCAGCUGGGAAAACUGUCCCUUCCUCUGGUUUGCCUCCCUUGCUGACUGAAAGUGAUGAUUUUCAGGCUGAAAGUGAUGGUGAGAGUAGUGACUCUUCCCUCACCCUUACACCCCCAGCCUCCCCUCCCCUCAUCCCCACCCCCUCAGCCUCCCCUUCCCUCAUCCCCAACCCCCCAGCCUCCCCUCCCCUCACCAUCAUACCAGAGGAAGGGGAGGUGUGGGAGCUGGAGUCUCGCACUGACAGUGAGUUCUCCAGCGUCCACCUGGAUGACCUGGCACUGGACUCGGGUGGUGUGAGGUCUUGGGAGGGUAGUGAGAGAGGGUUCUCGCCUGAUGUGUGUGAGGAGACUCAUGCUACCUCUCAACCCAGCCCUCAGCCCAUCCCACAACCCAUCCUUCAGCCCAUCCCACAACCCAUCCUUCAGCCCAUCCCACAACCCAUCCUUCAGCCCAUCCCACAACCCAUCCUUCAGCCCAUCCCACAACCCAUCCCUCAGCCUGGUGGUUCCUCAGACACUCAAGCACAUCCUCAUCAAUCAGGAUUUUCUCUUGUUGUUGAGGAUUCAUCGACUGUUAAGAUUGUUCCCAAGGAGAAGCCGAAAGUCCCUCCAAGAAGUUCAUCACUUGUAAAUCUGCUACAGUCUCAGCAGCCUCAGCAUAGCCAGUAUUAUGUUCCACCUCCACCUGUGAGGCAGCUGAUCACCCGCACCAUCCCUCCGGAGCGUGGUGUGGAGAGAGCGCCUCAGCCACAGCAUACUAGAGAGAGUGAGAACAAGAAAGACAUGAUUUUGGCUUUUUCAAAUAUCAAGGAAACAGAAUCCAACAAGGCCAUCCGUGAUACUACCAGCGGACCGGACGCAAGUGUGGCAGAUGGAGGAAAGCAAAGUAAAUCCACAGGAAACAUUGAGUUGGGUCUCCGUGAAAAUAGUAGUUCUGAGUCAGACUCGGAUAGUGACUCAACGUUAGACGGCAGAAAACACAGCCAGUCCCUAACAAACACAGAGCUGGUCCGUCAUGAAAGCAGUAGUUCUGAGGUGUGUUCCGAUGGCGAGACAACACUAAACCAAAGGAAUGGUCCAUGGGCGUCAAAGGAAGGCCCUGACAUUGAUGGUACAGGCAACUCACUUGAGAGAAAGCAUAGUAGUGUAAGUCUAGAAGUGGACACAGUACAGAAACACGAGGAAGACAUUAAAUUGGGUGAUACAGGUUGUGAAGUCAAAAAUGAUGUCAUGAACCAAACCUGGCCAGAAUGUGGAUUGGCCAGUAUUCGGAGCUCCAUCAGCAGCGACAUUUUAAACGAGGCUUUUCUGGAGUUGUCCGAGUGUGAUGGCGGCGCGAAUCUCCCAACAGACUCCUCACUUGAAGAGGCCUUUCAGAAAAUUGUACUUGGUGAUGCUAAUGACUCACUGAAUGCCAUGGAAGCAGAAGAUCCAGGUGGAAUAUCAAAGCAAGAACCUGCUGUUGGACUUCAGACAAAUGGCUUCCUAAAUCUGUCCCCUACAAUUAGAGUCGAAAAUUCAGAGGAACAAGUAAAAGACUCGGAGGAGAGACAGACCACGACUCGAGGUAUUUGGGAUGAGGAAAAAGGUCAUGCAGAUAUCCACUUGAGUGCAGAAAGUUCUUGUGAUGUUGUAGAUAAUAGAGUAUCUGAUAAAACAUCACAAUUUGGCAAGGAUAAAACAUCUAAUGAAACCAUUGGCCAGGCUCAGAUACUUCACAAACUUAAUGAAAGCAAUGAUGUGAAGAACCAAAUGUCAACAGAACUUAUUAAACCAGGAGAAAGAGAACAAACAGCACCAAAUGUAUUAAUGCAAAAUUCACCUGAGUCAAGUGAGCCGCAAGUUCUGACCAACAAGACAAGCAAUGUGAACAUCAACACCGAAGAGCGAGAGAAAAUCCAGAAUGCUGCACAGACAAACAGAGGAGGCGAAAACUAUCCAUAUUUUUUGAUCCGGACUUUUAAGACAGAGGAUGCAGUGGAGGACUUUGUCAAGGAAACUUCUGUUAAGAAUUUGAUACAGAACUUUGAAAAACCUCAAGAGCACAGUUCUCAGGCAAGCAAACCAAGGAUUCCACCCAAAACAGAGGCUCUGAAUAGUCAGCCAACACCUCAGACCAAAGUACAACACUCCACCUUCCCACUAACAUCCAGAGAGGCAUUCAGGGCGGUCGUUAACUCUCGGGAGCCAAGGGCCAAAGAAGUGACACUCGACAUCCAAAAUUCACCACCGGCUAGCCAAGGAAUAACUAAAACAUUCGCAAAGUCGGUAAGCUCCAGUGAUUCUUCUGAUACAAGCGAAGACGAGGCUUGCUUACGAAGUUGUACUGUUCUGGUUCAAGCUCCGAAUGAUGACGAGAGAAUAACUGUGACAAAAGGAGCAGCCCAGCCCGAGGAGGUUGACCUGCGUUUGGAGAUGAAAAGCAUUGAGCCGUCUCAGGAUGCAAGGAGUUACUCGUCACUCCCAUACUUACCUCGUGUUCAUUCAGAGUCAAGUGAUGGGUUUGGCACUGUUCAGGACUCACAGGAAGAAACAGAUGUAGCUGAUGUUAGAGACAAAGAUGAGGAGGAAGAACAAAUAGAAGAGGAAGAGAAAAAUGAACGAAAGGAAGCAGAUGAGAAGGAACAACGAAAAGAAGAUGAUAAGCAAGAAGAGAUAAAGAGGCAGGAGGAAGAACAAAUGGAAAAUGUGAGUGAGGAAGAUGAGGAGAUCAAAGAGCAUGUCAGCACACUGCAGCCCUGUGCCCCGCCAGGGAGGACGCUCUUCAUCAGCCGGAGCAGCCCCACGAGGUUCAGUGUCAGAAAAGACUCGGUGGGUUUGGAAGAACAGGAGCAGACCUUUCCUAGGGAGAUGCCAACCAAGGCACCGCGGCUGUCUAAGAUAAAGAGUGAAAGCUCCAUAGAUGACGACAACAGCGACACAACCUCCAGGGGCAGCGGCAGCCUGAACAGAAGUCGCCUGCGCAUGCCUCUUGUGGACCUGAAUCAGAGCACAGUUAGUGAAUCCAUCUUUAUAGAGAGACUGAUGAGAGGCAGAGACUCGUGGUCCCAGAGUAGUGUGACGGGGAGCUUAGCCUCCCAGGACAGCUCAGAUCAGGAGAACUUCAGGCCACUCCCCACUGGGUGGAGGCACUGCCCCCCGCCGGGCGUUGGGUGCGGAGAAGGCAACCACUACGGGACCCCCAAGCCCCCCUCCCUCCCCCCCGACCACCUGGCCCGCAGCUCCUCCGGCGGGGCCGUGCUGCCCGGCGCCCACCCCAGCUCUGAGGGCAAGCGGCGGCGCAACCGCUCCAAUGUAGAAGCCAUGGCCGCCAACACCAGCAGCAGCGAGGGCCCCCCUGAGGCCCCCAGCCACCCCCACCCCUCCCCGGGCACCCACUACAACCCCAUGGGAGAUGAGUCAGGGAUGCAGGGUCCAGACCCCGCCACAGCAGGAGAGCUCGGCCCCCUCCCUUACAACUGGGAGAAGGCCUACACGGAGAACGGGGAGCCGUACUACAUUGACCACAUGGCCGGCACCUCCUCGUGGCUAGACCCCAGACUGGCUCGGGUGCAGAAGCGCAGCGCCGAGGAGUGUGGGGAGGACGAGUUGCCCUUCGGCUGGGAGAGGAUUGACGACCCACAGUACGGCAUUUACUACAUCGACCACGUCAACCGCAAGACACAGUACGAGAACCCUGUCAUGAUGGCCAAGAAGCAGUCCAUCAGCCCUGCUCAAGGCGGUGGAAACAGCCCAAGCGACGGUGGCAGCAACACCUUCCCCCGACAGAAGAAGUCUGCUGUGGACGGCGUGGGUGGAGGCAGCGGAGGCAGUGCUGGCGGAGGAGGAGGCCCGCCAGGCACCACAGAGGGCCCACCGCAGCCCCCGGGUGGAGGACACAAGCGCGCAAACAGGCUCAUGGUGUACCUGCCCUGUUUACCGUGCUUGGCAUCUGAGGGGAAAGACUCUAAGCUGCAGGCGCAGGCGCAGCAAGCAAAUAUUCGGGUCCACAACCGAGUGGAAAGAAGCUCCCUCCCUCGCCCCCGCUCCCUCUCUCCUAAUCACAAGCACCCAGAUGUUUCCCCAAAGCACUCAAACCUUAGCAAGCAAAAUAUCAUUAUAUCCAAUCCCAUGGAUCCCAUCCAUCUGGCCAGUGGCACUCCUUACCGCGCCAACAACCUCUCUCCAACCCCCCCGGCCUCCAAGCCAAACAACCUUGCACUCUCCUCAAACAACCUCUACACAAGCGAUCAAAACAUUCCUGCCAGUAAGCAAAACAAUGUCAACAUAAACCAAAUAUCACUUAGUCAGGGACUCAGGACUCCAGAAGUCAAAAACCCAACCUUCAAUCAAACAAUUGUACCAAACUUUGCCAAACCUCACUUCCCAAACUACCAAACAAUUGCUCCAGCCUCCCUCCACCCACGGGUACCUCAGGCCUCUUCUUCCCCCAGGGGACCAACCCCCACAUAUGGUCGGUCUUAUAGCAGCCCCAGUGGUACCUCCAGUCCUUGGCAGUACAGCCCCAGUCAGACUCUUACCCCUCGAGGCACAUGGAACUAUACCUCAACACCUUUUUCCACUGGACAACCUCACUUCCCCUCCCCAAGACCCUAUUCCCUCACACGCUUCCUGUCCAGCAGCCCCACUGGCCAGGACCUUUACCCCACCAUCCACCACCAAAGAUCUUAUUCAAGCUACCACCCCUACACUGCCCUCACUCCCUCAGACUCCCCUCUCUACCUCCCCUCCGAGGACCCUGUAGUCUCAUCAGUCGCCCUGAGGCAGACAGAUCGAUCGAACCCGAGUGUGGUGUUCACCCGCAACCCCGCCGAGCUGCAGGGGGAGUUCAUCCGCACCAGCCUCAUCAAGUCUUCUCGAGGCCUCGGCUUCACCAUCGUGGGCGGCGAUGACAACGAGGAGGAAUUCCUGCAGAUCAAAAGUGUUGUGCCCAACGGCCCGGCCUGGCAGGACGGCAAACUGAGAACUGGUGACGUGCUGGUGUACGUGGCGGACACCUGUGUGCUGGGCUACACACACGCCGACGUGGUGACCAUGUUCCAGAACAUUGACCCCGGCAGGACGGUGUACCUGGAGGUGUGCCGAGGCUACCCUCUCCCCUUCGACCCCAACGACCCCAACACAGAGAUUGUGACCACAGUGGCAGUGACGUCAGCCGAUGCACGCUCCUCUAAGUCAGUGUUUGGUGAGGGCUACGAGCGGUCCAGGAACAAUUCAAGUGAGAGUAUGAACACUGCCAAGUCCAUGCCGGACUUGAGCAACCCUGAGCGUGUGCAACAGGUGCCGAGGCCUGGCAGUGCUGACCUCCUGAGUUCAGAAAACUUUGAUAACACCCCAGACAUUCUAGACUUCUACCCAUCAGGCAUGAGCAAGCCAGAGUACUUGACUAUACCCAUUGUGAAGGGUUCCAAUGGGUUUGGGUUUACCAUAACUGACAGUGUGUACGGACAGAAAGUGAAGAAAAUACUCGAUCGUGGAAGGUGCAAAAAUUUGAUAGAGGGUGACAUUUUGGUGGACAUAAAUAAUAUUAAUGUGAAGGGAAUGAGCCACACGGAGGUGGUGCAGGUGCUGAAGGAGUGUGCGCAGGGGCAGGAGGCCGUGGUGAUGGUGCAGCGUGGUGGCCUCGCCUCCCCCUCCAAAGCCAGGCUACGCAAGGACCAGUCCACCAGCCCCAAGAAGGCGGGAGUAGCCACAGGUCUCUUCAGGAGCAAAACCCCAACAGCAGACAUGUACAGCUCACAGCCCAAGGAGGUGAUCCCCAACCGGCCCAAGACCCCGCUGGUGGACACCCGCAACCGCCCCAAGACACCCAACGUGAUGGCCGUGAUGGACACCUCCGGGGCCGGGGACGCAGCACGCCAGGGAGAGGGUGGUGUUGAGUACCGGCCGCCCUACACACCCACAUCCACCCACGCACCAUAUCCCGGGGCCUUCUCUUACACUGGAGGUCAGGUGGAUUCUCAGUACGACACAAAGGUUAACAACAUGACCGUCCAGAUGGGUCAGGUCAGCUUGGAGCAGAACAGCUACGAGAACUACCUGGGCAGUGAGUCCCAAGGCUAUCGCCCAGAUGGUGCGCUGCUGCAGCAGAACAGCUACGGUUACCACCACGACCCCUACCCCCCAGACCCUUACUACCAGCAGCAACAACAACAACAGCAGCAGCAGCAGCAGCAGCAGCAGCAACAGCAGCAAAACCCCGAGGAAUCCGAAAUGAAACGCAGCCAUGCCAAGACUCCCACCAAGGAGUACAACAGCCCCGGCUACCCCGGCCACUACCCUUACUACACCGACAACACCACCAACACCAACCACCACCACCACAACAACAACAACAACCACCACCACAACACCAGCAUGGAGCAUAACUCUGGCUAUGGCUACAUGCACUACCCCAAGGACACUUACGACCUGCCCCGCCAGGACUCCGGCUACAGCUCCCAGGCCCAGGUGCCCCCCGCCAGGAACCCCUACCCGCCCUACUACGGCCACAACAACUCUGCCGGCUACAACAACCAGGUGGACAGUCUGGGCAGGCGGAAGGAGUCAACCAGCUUUGAGUAUGAGCACCCGGCCCCGGUCAGCAUGCCCAGGUUCCCUGACGGCCGCUACAGUGUCAACCCGCGGCUGCCAACCUCAGGCUCUAACGGCAACUUGGGCUUCACGGAGUUCACGGUGACCCUGAAGAGGCAGGAGACAGGCUUUGGCUUCAGGAUAGUUGGAGGCACUGAGGAAGGCUCACAGGUGUCCAUCGGUCACAUUGUGCCCGGCGGUGCGGCCGACCAGGAGGGAAGCGUGACCACCGGGGACGAGAUCAUCGGGGUGGACGGGGAGAUGGUGCUUGGCUCAAGCCACCGCCACGUGGUGGACCUCAUGGCUGCUGCCGCCGCUCAGGGACGCGUCACCCUCACGCUGCGGCGCCGCACCCUCAGCCCCACCGAGCUGCACAAUCGCUCACUGGAGAUGCAGUUUCCUUAUGACAUCACAGUCACCAGGAGGGAGAAUGAAGGCUUUGGAUUUGUCAUCAUUUCUUCAGUCACCAAGUCUGGCUCUACAAUAGGCCGCAUCAUUGAAGGCAGUCCAGCCGAGCGGUGUGGGAGACUCAAUGUUGGCGACCGCAUCCUCGCCGUCAACGGGGUGGACAUCAAGACUCUCCACCACGGUCACAUUGUCAACCUCAUCAAGGAGUCCGGCUACUCUGUCACCCUCACCAUUGGGCCGCCAAGGGACGACGCCUCCAGCACCACCUCCAACUCGCAGCGGAGCUCUCAGGGGUCCAUGAUACUGGCUCAGGCCACGCCAGUCUCGGCCCCUCAAGCCUCUGGCCCGCCAGCUUACUCCUCCAAGGCUGAGAGUGAGCCCGGCGAUGACGGGGAGUACUACAGCGUGGAGCUGCAGCGCGGCACGCGAGGCUUCGGCUUCAGCAUCCGGGGCGGCCGUGAGUUCCACAACAUGCCGCUCUUCGUCCUCAGGAUUGCAGAAAGUGGGCCGGCCGCUGAAGAUGGAAAGCUUAAGGUUGGAGAUCAGCUGAUGGAAAUCAAUGGGAGGUCAACCAAGGACAUGACUCAUGCUGAUGCCAUUGAGCUGAUCAAGCAGUGUGGGAGCAGCGUCGCCCUCUUGGUGAAGCGCGGCGGCAAGCUGCCGCAGCACCUUGAUACGAUGAAUCCCAACAACCUGGGAUCCCCAGUGGGCCCGCCGCCUCCAGGAACCAACAUCAGAUCAACGGCAACAUUGCCGCCACCCUCCCCCGGAUCCAUGGUUCCCCCCUACCCACCUCAAACCCUCUCUGGGCCUCCAGGUCCUCCCUAUUACUCCCAUGGAGGGUACAAUGCCUUGCCCACCUCAUCCAGUGGGUACCCUCCUGUGUACCCCCAUAACGGGGCAGUGAGGGGGCCCCAGCCCCUCCACUCCUCCCCUGCCACACAGUACCCCCCUCCGCUCACCCCCAAUGGUCCACUAAGUCAGUCUUCCCCCAGAGUGAUGGCCAGCGAUAGCUAUUACUGGAACCGUGUCCCAGACCACAGGCCAGCGUAAAGUUGAUGCAAUAAUGAGAGCGGUGGAUCAAAGACAUCCAUUAGAGAAACCAAUGUGAUCAGGCAGUGAUAGUCACAAAAAACACUUGUGUAGUAAGGUUAAGUGUGGGGCUGAAGGUCCAGUGGGAGGCAGCGUGGACCACCACCCUGUGCUCAGUGCCUCCAGUGUUGGUAGGGGACCAUUACCCUCAUGGCUACACCUCUAUAAUGAUGGCUGUUUUAUGUGAUCUCCUCAUCCAUAAUCCCUUACUGUGUUGCCUAAUUGAAGUUUUCUUGGGAAAAUUUCUUAAAUUAGGUGAUAAUUUUGUAACCUGACUUAAUUUUAUGCUAAUGUAGCUGUGUUAACUGAAUUUGGUCCUUUUACUCAACAGGAUCAUGACCAAAGUGACCUUAUAUACAAGACUAGGACCCGUGCUCAAUGCAUUUUUAUGUCGAUAUUUAUAGUGUUGAACUCAAAUUUUCAUAUGUUUUACAUAAAGAUCAUACGUCUGGAUGUUGGUGGCCCUUUGCCAUUUUAAUGCAUGUGUACAUAGUAGUAGUUGACAGUGCUUAGUAUCACAUGAAGCAGUCUGUGCAGGGUUACAGUCUUGCUGUAUAAAGAUGUAAAUGGCAGGUCUCACUACCAACGUAAAAUAGGUAAACUGUAAGUACAUUGUAUACAUGUUGUGUUCAUAGCUUGUCAGACACUGCCUUUUAUCAAAACCCUACAAAUGCCUUCAUAUGAAAUGUAAGUAUUUGGACAAUUAUAAGACUAUUGUAUGUACUCUAAAAAGUUAUAUUAUGUUUACUAUCAGGGUUAUCAUGUUUCGUGUUGAGUCCUGUGUAUUAUAUACCUUGUUAAUAAUAUUCAUGACAAAAAUA